AAAUAUAUUAUGUUUACAUGUAGAAGUACAUACAAUCCAAUGUCCAACGAAGAAUCCACCAAGCCCCUCCGCCUCCUCUCUCUCGACGGCGGCGGCGUCCGCGGCCUUAGCUCCCUCUACAUUCUCCAGCAACUGAUGCUCGACCUGCAACACCAAUCCGCCCUCCCCACCACCCCAAAACCCUGCGACAUCUUCGACAUGAUCGCGGGCACCAGUACCGGCGGACUGAUCGCCAUCCUCCUGGGCCGACUGCGGCUCUCGGUGCAAGACGCCAUCGACGAGUACAUGGCCCUGUCGGAGGUGAUCUUCGGGUCCGAGGCGCGGAAGUGGCCGUGGCAGGAUGGGCGGUUCAAGGCGACGAGACUUGAAGCUGCGGUUGCGGAGUUGGUGGGGCGGUAUACUCCUACUUUUACUGUCUGUCAAGAUGGGAAGGAUGGAGAUGAGGCCCGGGCUGAAGGUGGUGGCGAUGAUGAGGGGAUCGCGCUGGGGGCGGAAGUGUUGCUGGAGGAACGCGGUGGUGGGUGUAAAGUUUUUGUAUGUGCGAAGAACACCACCGACAUCACCGGCCCACCGUACCUCUUCCGCUCUUACGACGAGAGUGCAUCGUCGUCAUCAUCAACGUCAUCAUCAUUCAACUCAGCCAACUCACCGGACCUUCCCCUCCCGAUAGGAAUCACCAUCUGCGAAGCGGCGCGCGCCACCUCCGCCGCACCGAUCUUCUUCCAGCGGAAGACCAUCAACCGGAAUAACUACGCAGCAGAGUUCGUGGACGGCGCGCUCGGGGCGAACAACCCCACUCGGGUGAUGCUGCGCGAAGCGAAGAGAGUGUUCCCGCCGGAGCGGAUCGUGGACUGCGUGGUGAGCAUCGGGACGGGCAAGAAGUCCAUCAGCCCCGUGACGGAGGCCGGGUGGCUGCAGCGAUGGGUGGCGCCCUCCCUGCCUCUCAACACGAUCCGCGCGCAGAAGGACCUGGCGACGAGUUGCGAGGCGGUGGCGGACGAGCUGGAGCGCCAGUUCGACAGGUACCGUCCCGGGGUCUAUUUCCGGUUCAAUGUUGAGCAGGGCGUGGCGGAUGUGCGAUUGGAUGACUACAAAAGGCUGGGGCAGCUCAAGGCGCGGACUAUUGGCUAUUUGGCGGAGUUUGGGGUCCAGGUUAAGAUGAGGAAGACUGCUGAAGCUUUACGAGGCGGUCUGGAGGAGGGGGCGGAGGGGGACGGAGACGAGGGUAAUGGAAAGUGUAGGGUGUCUGAUUUAUGAUGGUGGUUGCUCAAAUGCAAUGCUAGCUAGCA